AUGGGUGACGUCUCCCCAGGCCAUGAGCAUGCGGAGCUCAUAGCUGAUGCAAGCAACAUCGAAACUUCCACCGAUGAUGGAGAGCGGGCUUCGAAGCGAGUUAAGAUGAACGACUCGAUCCCCGCUGAGUCAGUUCCCGGAGAAGGUCUGCAUGAUGCGCCUGCAAGCAAGGAGAACGGAAACGUGACAAAUGGUGACAAGGAGAAUUUGACUGAGGAGCAAAACCCAGACUCCAAGCCGGAACAUGUUGACGGGCGUAUCAAGGGAAUUGCUCCCAUUAAGAAAGAGUAUCUCGUCGACUUGUCAACAUUCAAGGAUAUAUCUACUGAUGUUGUGAAUGACGACGAUGCAGCCGAGGCGCGCGGUACUGCCGACAAUGAGGGCCAAGGCGACAACCGAAAGGCGGGUAAGGGAAAGAAGGACAAGAAGGACAAGAAGAAAAAGGGCCAAAACACAGAGCGUGACUUUGGCAAGUUCGACGACGCUUUUCGCCUCUGCAAUAGCCGAGCAUUCUACCCCGAGUUUUCCCCCAGGGAAUGUAGGUUUGGUGAUCGCUGCAACCUUUCACACGAUCUUCGCAAGUAUCUCGAGGAGGGACGCCGAGGCGACGUUGAGACCUUUGAGGGCAAAUGUCCUGUGUUUGAGGCCCACGGCCAUUGCCCUGCAGGCUGGAAGUGCCGCUUUGUCAAAAGCCACAUGAAGGAGAUCGAGCAUGAGGAUGGAAGAAAGGAGUUGGUGCUUAUCAGCACUUCUGCUAACGGUGGCGAGAAUGGCGAGCCUGCAGAUGAGGGAUCGGAGGAGAAGCGACCCGCCAUCUACAACGUCGUCGGCAUUGACAAGAAGAUCGCCCUCAACCGCAAGCGGACCGAUUUCACACAGUCUGAACAGUACAUCGGUUGGCUUAAUAAAGAGGCCAAACUGAGCGAGGAGUUCAUGAACCGUCGUAAGAACCAGUCCGACGAGGGAAUCGAGGAUCUUCGUGCCCGCUAUAUCGAUCCUCCUUUCAAGCCUUCUGAGAAGCGUCGCCUUUAUUUCGGUGCCGAGACACCCACCCUGGCACCUCUCACUACACAAGGAAACCUUCCUUUCCGUCGACUUUGUGUCGAGCUUGGCGCUCAGCUUACCUACUCUGAAAUGGUUCUAAGUAUGCCCCUGAUCCAAGGAACAAAGGCAGACUGGACGCUCGUCAAGGCCCACGAGUCUGAGAUCACCCCUCCCAAGUUCAACCCUGGCUCUGUUCCUAUCUUUGACAACUAUAACCACUCCAAGGACAUCAAGUUUGGUGCUCAGAUUUCUGGAAACAAUCACUGGGUUGUCACGAAGGCUGCUGAUGUUCUAAACCGCUUCUGCCCCCACCUUCGUCUCAUCGACCUCAACUGCGGGUGUCCCAUUGACAUGGUUUUCAAGUCUGGUGGCGGGUCAGCACUUCUCGAGAACUCUGGCAAACUUGAGCGCAUGAUUCGAGGCAUGAACGCUGUGUCGGGAGAGGUUCCUAUCACUGCCAAGAUCCGCACUGGCAUUCGAAACUCUCGCCCUACAGCCACCCAGCUCAUUGGAAAACUGGCGUUUGGUGCACGAGAACACAGGGAACGCCUUGGUGCUCCUGGAUGUGCAGCCCUCACUCUUCACGGUCGCAGCCGCGAACAGCGCUAUACCAAGAAGGCCGACUGGGGCUACAUCAGCGAGUGUGCUGCUCUCAUCAAGACUUACAACAAGGAGAAGGAUUCUCUAACUGAUACAAUUGCUGAGCCCGACGCUAGUAGCCUCCCGAACGCCAAGGACGGCCGUAUGUACUUCCUCGGCAAUGGUGACUGUUACUCUCACGUCGAGUAUUACGAACAUAUCGAGAAGGCUCGUGUUGAUACCGUCAUGAUUGGUCGCGGUGCUCUCAUCAAGCCCUGGCUGUUUGAAGAGAUUGAGAAGGGCCAGUAUCUCGACAAGUCAUCCAGUGAGCGUCUCCGCUACAUUGAGAAAUUCGUGCGCUACGGCCUCGACGCCUGGGGUUCAGAUGAGCUUGGCAUCGGCUUCACUCGCCGUUUCCUCCUUGAGUGGCUUAGCUUUGCCCACCGUUACGUUCCUAUUGGCUUGCUUGAGCGUCUCCCUCCUGACCUCAACGACCGCCCUCCCGCAUAUGAGGGCCGAGACGAGAUGGAGACCCUCAUGGCGUCGAGCAACUUCAGGGACUGGAUCAAAAUCAGUGAGAUGUUCCUUGGUCCUGUCCACCCAACAUUCAAGUUCCAACCCAAGCACAAGUCCAAUUCGUACGAGGCUGAGGGUUAA